AUGAUAGCCAGGGCAAUAUUUGUACAGGCUCAUCCACCACCACAAUACCUUCCUCAAGAUGGUGCUGUUAUGGGCCCACAUCACCAAUCCGGACCUGGUGUAUUCGGGCCGUGUGAUGGCAAUUUCGAUAAAGAAAAGGUCACAUAUGAUGGACCCACAUCAUUUCAUCGCGGUAUGCGCUAUGAAAACGACUCUUCUAUGAUGGGCGGUGAACCAAUUAUGUUUAAUAGGGCUAUAUUUUCAUGUUUUGGGAAAAAUCGACUCCUUGAAGCCGACCUCAAAGAGAACAAAAGCGGUCUAAACAGACUGGAAUUGAUCAAAAUUUGCAAGGUUGAUCAAAAUAUUCCAAAAAUGCAAAAGUAUCGUUACAGGGACAACCCAUGA